AUGAGACCGCACCCGCUUAGACACUCGUCGCCUUCACAACCUCAGCGUGGCUUCCGAGCAAUUCGUAGCUGGUCACAGCAUAGCGACUGGGUCUUGUACUGGAAUCGGGCCCUGACAGCUCCCGCCGCCACUGUUCCACCGAUUCCGAAAUCCGUCCAGCAGAAAUUGACAUCUGCCCGUUGCAGCUGGCUGGACAGAUGCCUGGAUUCGCCUUUGGUCGACCCGGCCACCAACUCUCGCGUGCAUGUGUACGGCAACGUACAUUUCGCGCCCUUCGGUGGCCCGGUCGGCCUGGCUGACCUGUACCAUUUGCUGGACCGCGUACAGCCGACGGUACUGGCUAUUGAGCAGCCAUACGACCUUGCCCUCUGCCCCGGCGAGGCACCGCAGCCCGACGACAGCACUCCCGGGAUCGACGACCUCAGACUCGGAACGCAGCACCCGCCUUUCGAAAUGGGAGCAUCACCACGUGACGCCAAAGGGGCACCAGCAGCAACCAUACGGCCAGAGCAGGUGGAAAGGUUGCGGACACUGCUGCCGGGACUUGCACAGCAGGCCCGUAUCGGCCGCGACUUGCUGGAUCCAUUUGAGGUGCUUGGGCUGUACGGCGGGUGCGACUACGUGACCCGGCCCAGCCAGCUGGUCGAGGCUCUGGCGCUAUUUGGUUACCUGCCGGGCUUGGAAUAUGCGGCGCUGGUGUCGGCGGCGCAGCAGCGGGGUGUGCAGGUGUACAGUGUGGAUGCGCCUUUACGGCUUCAGGAAAAGUGGGUGUCGCAGCUGGUGUCGGACUUCACCCUGCAGGAGACCGACCUGAUGCGCCGCCUGCAGCAUGACCUGGCCCGCGCACAGGCCCUCCUGCCCGCAGAGUACCUCGCCUGGGACGUGGCGCUGGCAGAGGCCCUGCAGCGGAUUGACAGCCGCAGCCAGCGCGUAGAGGCGGGAGAGGGCGGUGGCGCGGACAGCAGGGAACCAUCGCUGGGCAUCCUCACGGGCUUCAAGGUGUCCAGGGCCGUAGCGGCGGCGACGGUACCGUACGAGGCCUCCAGGGAGGCUUUCGGUCUGCAGGCGGCGCUGCAGCCGCUCAAGUUUGCGCUGUUCGCCAGGCGGGCUAAGCACCUGGUGUUGCAGAUACGGGACCUGUGUCAGAGGAUGUCGGUGCGCCAAGUGCGGGUGGACGCAGACAAGUUCAAGGGCAUUGCUGCUGCCGCUGCUGCUGCAGCUGGGCAAGCAGGCGGGCGUAAAGGAGCUUCGCUGUCGUCAUCGUCAUCGUCGUCGCCUAUGGAGGAAGAUGUGGCACUUGUCGACGCUUCAGAGCAGCCGGAGAAGGUGGUGCUUGCCGUGGUCGGCAGGCAGUACGUGCCGUACAUAGAAGAGCUGUGGGCAAAUGAGCGGUCUGCCCUGUGGCACGGCGACGUACGGCGCACGUUUGCGCGGUCCAUGCUGGACCAGCGCGGGAGCAGUUCAUAA